AUUUCAUUGGUUAACAGUAGUUUUAACUUCCUGGUUUUAUCCAGUGUUCAACUUCCUAAGUAUUUUAAUAUAUAACCAUCAAUCAUCCUGAUCACUAAGAUUUAUUAAUCUCAGAAUCACUGGAGUAUGUUACUUCUUGUCUAUUUGUCAUAUGUUAAGCCAUUUGGUUCACAUGAAAAAGGAUAUGAGAAUGACUGUUUUGAUUGGAUAUAAUGAUUUGGUGGUAAAUGCUGAUAAGCAAUAGACCAGACUUAGUUGCUGUCAACAAAAUUUUUUUUAGUUGUGUAUGAUGUAGAAAUUGGACUGUGAAUAACAAAAAUAGCUAAAAAUGGAUUCACAAAAAAAGCAAGAUUUUAUGAUGAAGCGUUCUGUGAACAAAAGCAGAAUAACUGCACAGAACUAUAAAAGUCGCUGGUUCAUAUUAGAUAAUGAUACUUUGAGCUAUAAAGAUGGUACAUUAGAGAAAGUAGGUAAAUUGAAAGGUGCAAUAAAACUUGAGAAAAUAAAAGUAGUGGAGGCUGUGGAAGACAAAACCUUAGACAACAAAGUCAACGUUUUUCAGGUAGUAUAUGGGGAAGGAGCAGAAUUUUUUACAUUAUAUAUUGUUGCCCUGAAGGAUGACCAAAGAAAGGAAUGGAUAGAAGAACUCAGGGAUGCUGCAGGGAAGAAACAUGCUUGUUUCUUUCCAAAGUACCACCCUGGUGUUUGGACUAAAUCAUUGGGACGCUAUUCCUGCUGUGAUCAGAUAGACAGGAAUGCUGUAGGGUGUAGUUUAACUACACCAGAGAAAGAUGAUGCAACUGUACCAUCUGUAUCAAAACAGCAAUCUGUGAUAAACAAACCACUUCCACCAAAGCCUGAGGACAAUAAUCAGUCUCGCGACAAGAAAUUCUAUAUUGCUAUUUAUAACUUUACUCCUGUAGAAGAUGGUGACCUUGAACUUCAGCAGGGAGAAGAAUAUGAAGUUGUAGAUGAUACCAGAGAUCAUUGGUGGCUAGCUCAAAAUAAGGCAGGACUGCAAGGAUAUAUUCCAGCUAAUUAUGUCAAGAAAAAGUUUGAUUUAGAAAUAUUUGAUUGGUUUUGUAAGAGUUAUUCUCGAGAAAGAAGUGAGCAAGUAUUAAGAAAGGAAGGAAGAGAAGGAUGUUUCCUAGUGAGGGAAUCAAGUACACCUGGAAUGUUUACUUUGUCUCUCUAUACAUCAGAAAGGCCUAGGUCAAGCAUUAGUUCAAAAUUCAGUGAUGGAACAGUUAAACAUUAUCAUAUAAAGAAAAAUACUGAAGGAAUGUUCUACAUAGCAGAAAAGCAUGCAUUCCCAUCAGUCCAGGAUUUAGUUCAUUAUCACAAACAUGAUUCAGCAGGAUUAUCAACUAGAUUAAGAAGUCCUCCCGCACCAGAGGGAGGAAAAACAGCACCAGCUACUGCAGGAUUUGGUCAUAGUAAAUAUGAAAUAGAUCCCACAGAAAUAGUAAUAGAACAACAACUAGGGGCUGGAUGUUUCGGUACUGUAAACCAGGGUAAAUGGAAAGGAAAGGUUGUAGCAGUUAAGAUGAUGAAGGAAGGCACAAUGUCUGAAGACAGUUUCAUAGAGGAAGCAAGAACUAUGACACAAUUAAAUCAUCCAAAUUUAGUACAGUUGUAUGGUAUUGUAACUAAAAGACGACCACUUAUUAUUGUAACAGAAUUAAUGCCUUAUGGUUCACUUUUAACUUAUUUAAGAAGACAUAAGGCUAGAUUAAUGCCUAAAACUGCAACAUUAUUGGACAUUUGUUCUCAAGUGUGUAAUGGCAUGGCUUAUUUAGAAAAACGGAAAUUCAUUCAUCGAGAUCUUGCAGCAAGAAAUUGUUUGGUUGGAGAAAGCAUGGUUGUAAAGGUUGCUGAUUUUGGUUUAGCAAGAUAUGUAUUGGAUGAUGAAUACACAAGCUCUCAAGGAACAAAAUUCCCAGUAAAAUGGGCUCCACCUGAAGUAUUAAAUUUUACUCGUUUUAGCAGUAAAUCUGAUGUAUGGGCAUUUGGAGUGCUUAUGUGGGAAACUUUCACCGGAGGUCAAAUGCCAUAUGAUAAAAUGAAGAAUGUUGACGUCGUUGAUUAUGUCUGUCAGUCUCGUAGACGAUUAGAACAGCCUCAAAGUUGUCCAGAAAAAGUUUAUCAAGUUAUGAUGAAGUGUUUUAGUCAUGAUGCAGAUGGACGUCCAUCAUUUCAAGAUUUAUUACAGACAUUAGGUGGACUGAUGGAGAGAGGAAAUUAUCCAUUUAUUGGUCCUGUGUGACCUCUGUCCGAGUUAGUCUUCAAAUUCCUCUUUAUUGACAAUGAAUAUAUCGAACACAGUGUUAAGUCUCUACCAAAACAGUACAUUUCUGUGAUUAAUUGUAUGGUAAUUUUAUAUUGACCUAUGUAGAGAUGAAAAUUUGAUAAACCUUGUUUUUCUGAUUAGCAACUCCUUUAAAAACUGGACUGGAGUGCCACUGUCUUAUGAAGAAAGGGCAGAGCUUUCAUUUGUAGGAUACCAAAGUUAAUGUGUGAACUUUGUUCAACAGCUUGAUGUGAGUAAAGCUGUUGUAUAUAUCUACAUGUUUAUUUAUUUCUGUUGCAAUUUGAAAUGAAAACAUUUUAACAUGUUGACCAAAAUAUGUGUAAUAGUUUCUGCAGUGCUGUUGGAUAUGUCUUUAAGUAUAAUAAGAAAUAAAAGAAAUGUUUUGCAAAAUAUGCUACGAUUAAGGUUAAAGUGUAAAUAUAGUUUGCAACAUUUAUAUAAUUGUGAAAUGUGUAUCAGGUUCUAAUAUAGAAAAAAAAGAGACUCUUGACUGAAACUUUUAGCUAAGCCACAUUUGUUUAUUUACCUUUAUAUAUUUUUGUUCAUAAUGCUUUACUUGGCCAUUAUUUUGAUUUAUUAUCAUUGCUUUUAUACCUGCAAAAAACAAAGUUUCGGGUGCGUAUAGAAACCACCCUGUUUAUUUUUUUGUCUUGUCAAUGAUUUUGUAAGUACAACUGUCUGGUUGAUUUCAAUGAAAUUUCACACAAAAGCAGGAAAGAGAAACCAUGUAAGGAUUUGCAUGUCAGAUGUUAAGUAAUUAUACUCUGACAUCAAUAAGGAGAAAAAAUUGGAGGUAAUUUUAUUUUGGUUAUUAUUUGUGUGGUUAGUAAAGGCAUAUUCAGGGGAGAAAUUUUGGCAUAAAACAUUCAAAAUUUUUUUCACCUUGCUCCUUGAACUUGUACAUGUUGUAAGGUCACACGACUCUAACCUCAAAUACUAGACCCAAGCCUGGUUUGUCAAUUUUUAGUACUUGUAAAUCAGUGCUUAUAGUACAUGGAAAGUGAAAAAAAAAAUACCGAAAAACAGAAACCAAUCUUGUUUUCGAUGGCCUGUUUAUUCUAGAGCAGUUGUAAUUUGUGUAACAACAUGCCAGUAAAAAAGUGCAGUAUUUCUAAUUGUGUUAUUUGCUAUUUACAAACAUGAAUAUUUAACAUUAUAAAAAAUGUAACAAAUUAAACUUUAAUAAAGAAUAUUUAUGUAUAGAUUUGAAUACAGGUCAAAAUCAACAGAUGACUUUGUAAACAUAUAUAUAUAUGAUUUAUUAUUAAAUUGGUUUUAGGACAAAUUUAAAACAUGAUAUAAUCUUGUUUUUCAUAGUGCUAUUAAUGUAAUAAGAUUAAGAUUUUGCAAAUUGCUUGACUAUUGUGAUUUAAUUACCAGGUUUCUCAGGAAAACAUUUAUUGUCAUUCCUUAUAGAAAUGGACCAUAUUGUUUCCAGCUUUUUUAUGAUUGUUUAUGACUUACUUAAUAGUGCCAGUUUUAUAAUUACAUUGUACAUGUAAUGAUUAUAUUUUUUAAAUGCUGAUACAUUUGUAUAACACAUUGUAUUAUUAGAUACAUUUCUACACUAGGGUCAGGAAUCGGGUCUUCAUUUCUACAUGAGGGUCUGGAAUGGGGUCUUCGUUUCUGUCUUCAUAUAAUUUUUCAGCCAUUUUUUUACUAUUGUUUAUAAUUUUCGCCAUUUUUCUCUAUUCUUUAUUAUUUUGCCCAUUAUUCUAUAUAUUCGUUAAACCCCAUCCAGACCUUCAGAAAAUCACCAUCUAAUAUGUGUUUGGAUUUUAUGAUAUAGAAAUAUAAUUCAUCACUGAAAGCUUUAAUAUUUAUAUUGGUGUUGUUAUUUUCAUACAUUUUUACAAGAAUAUACAUUUUGAAGUCUUCCGCAAUUUAAAUACUAAUUUAAAUCUUUGUCAGUACAUCGAUACACUACAGUAUUGUAAUACUCUACAUAUAUAUAUAUAAACUAGUAAUUUUUCAUCAUCUUGAAUAGACUAUUUUGAUAUCAAUGACUUUUGACUUCGGAGUGGUCGGACAUUCUGGUACUCUUGACAAGUAAGAGCAACCAAGAGAGAUCAAAUCAAGAUUACAAUCGAUGCAGUUUUGGAAAAUAAUUCAACUGUUUUCUGAUGAUUUUGUUGUGUAUAGAAUACAUAAAACAGUUAAAUUCCUCCCCCUUCCUCGAUUCAACCGAUAUAACUCAUUCAUGAAAAAAUUAAUCGAGAUUGGUGUAUAUCUUAAUAUAAAUUACUAAAGCGACAUAAAAUGUGAUACAUGUAUUGUGAAAAAAACCAACAUUUUAUGCAUUUAUAUUGAUAUGUCUUUAAAACUUGAUAUAGUCUUCUGUGUAUAAAUGAUUCAAGUAUUAAAAACAAGCCAAAAUGUAGAAAAUUUUGUAAUAAUUUAUCAUUUGAAUUAAUUGCUUAAUGCUGUAUUAAUUUAAAUUAUGGUUAUAGUUGUUAAUUACCUUUCUAAAAGGUGGUAGUUCAUACUUAUUGUUUCAGAUGUUUUUUAUACAUAUGUACAGAUAACGAAAAUGAAUGCUAAUAAAAUAGUACAUCCAUGACAAUUAAUAAUACUAUGGGAUUGUUUAAUGACCUUGACCUCCCAUACAGGUUUCAAUAGGUCAGCUGUAUUUCAUAAAAAAAAAAAGAGCUCACAAAAAAUAAAUAGAAAUUGAACUCUAAGAAUUAAUGUAACCUUAAACUAAAUAAAAAAUUCCAACAAUUUUAUUUUAUUUAUCAUACUGUUGAUUCUUUAUUAUUUGUGAGAUACCAAUUUACUUGGAUUUUGUGGGUAUAGGUAAACUACAAUUUUAAAUAUUAGGUAGAUUAACUGUAUACCGCCAUCUUGGAUUGUGUAAAAUAGCAGUUGGUCUAGUUCUUUGCUUAAAUCUUGAUUUCGACAGACUGGUAUUUAAUGUGUAAUACUGUUUAUUUAAAUAAAUAAAAUUAGUGAUUUAUUGCAUUUUGUAGUCUGAUUUAACAAAUUCCAAACUUUUGUUUAAUUCAAUUUUUCAACUUCCCCAUAUAAGGGGAGAUAAUUCUUUUAAUAUAAUUUUUAUAAAGGAAUGUUAAGGAAAUUUUCAUUUUUUACUUGAAGCAAGAAAACAAAUUCUGUGACACCAUUUUUUCUUUUUAUUUUCUUAAAGCAUAUUAUAAUACAUAUCUUCUCAUAUUUUAUUUCAAAAUUCUAUCCCAUUUAAUUCUUUUUAACCUCAAAAAAGUGUUUUUUCAUGAAUAAUCUAUGCAAAAGUCGGCAGUUUUGCACGACUUGUAUUUUGAAAAAUAGCACAGUGAGUUAGUGACCCUUACUUUUCAUAAUAUUAUUGAAAAAAGCAUGGUAAAAUCUACAUUUUGGCACAUUGUAAGAAAGUUAAACUAUCUCAGGAAAUACAUGUAUGUACAGAUGAUCCACCUUCAAGAAGUACACAUUUCCUAUACGAAAACAGAAGUUUUCCUCAUUCUACGAAAAAUUUUGGUCCCUUGAAAAUAAAUGAUUCCACAGUGUGUAAAUUUCACAAAUUGAUUUCAUGUGGUUAUGUUUGACAUCAGAUUUAAAAAUGGAAAUACCUUGGUUCUAUUGAAAUUAUUUCUUGGUUCUGUUGGAAAGACCUAAAUUAUUAAUAGAAACAGUAACUAAUUUAUUUUUGUUAAAUGAAAGCAGGAGCAGAUGACUUUUCUAUUAUUUUAUUGCAUGGCAUGAAUGUGGUGGUAGCAAAUAGAUUUACUUUUGAUGAUCUGACAUUGAUUAGUUUUGUGAAUGAGGUUCAUUUUUCAGUAUCCCAUGAACAUGAUACUUGUAUCUUUCACCAUUAAAAUCCUACAAUAUAAUACAUCAUUGUUCAACAGAAUAUUUAAGUCACAAUGUUCUUCAAUUCUUAAAAAAAGUAUUUUUGUGCCAUUGAAAAUCUCAAAUUAGGAUUCUAUUAUAUAAUAUUUAAGAUAUUACAAGAUAUAUCAAGAGACAAUUCAGUGAUUGUGACCUACAUUUUACAUUUGAGCAACUUUUGUUAUGUUUUUCUAUGAAGUUUAUUUUAUCAUAAAUCUUAUAUUGAUAGAAUAUUUCCAUCUUAAAACCCCUUAAAUGAUGGCAAAAGACGUCUAGUAACACAAUGCCUUACAACUCAAGCUAGAAUAAUGUUUUUUUUUUGUUUCAAGUAUAGGUGGGGUUCAUUAGGUACCCCUGAAGGUCGCUUUUAAACAUUUCCUCAGGUCACCAGAUCACUUUUAAGCAAAUAAAACAUUUAAAUAAAAUGUUGGUAUCUAGUGAUAUUUUUGCAUAGUUGGAUCAUUCAAAAUUUAAUUUAAUGCUUUUCCAUCAGUUUAAGCUUUUCACAGCAGAGUAUUAUUUCAAAUAGCCACAUCUUCUUGCUUCAAUUUAAAAUUAUUUUUUUUAAAAAACAGGAAAUAAAAAAAUGCAGAAGUUACAUUUUAACAAAAGAUUAUCUAGUUCUUUAAUGAGCAACAAUUGCAUGUUUUCGAAGACAAUCAUUAUUAAGAAUUUUAUUUUCAAUUGAUUUUUUUUUAUAUUGAAUCCUUAGACUUAAAAGAGGAUCGUAUUAUAUUUCAUUCAAAAAGUACCUUUUUCCACAAAUUCAUUAUAACAAUUUCUAAAUUUUAGAUGGGCCUUGGUGGCUGAGUGGUCUAAGUAGUUCAUUUACAAUGACCAAGCCUGUAAACCCUUUUGUUUGUGAGUUUUAACCCUAAUCUUGGCAAGGUCCAUUAGACACUGACCUUAAUGGACUAGGAUUGCCAGUUUUCUGCUGAAGGUUGAUGGUUCUCCUAGGGUACUACGGAAACCUCUAUAAAAAAUGGCCACCAUGAUUUGGCCAGGUAUGCUGAAAGUGGUGCUUCACAUCAACAACCAAUUAAUCAAUCUAAAUGUUAAGUUGUGGGGCUUAGUUAGUACACAUGCUGUUUUGCAAAAAAUACAAUCAAUCCUAAACAAACUGAACUAGAAUAAAUGUGAAUACAAAUACAUAAUAUGCUAAGGUAUUAGACUGCUCUGUUUAAAAAUAUAUAUUAAGUUAUUGCCUCAUUUGUUAUUGAGUUUCACAAUUAUGUACUUACAAAUAUUUUGACAUAUGAUAAAAUAUUGUGAUCGAUCUGCUUAAUAUAUGUAAUUUUAUAAUUAUGGUAUAAAAAUAUAUAUUUGACCACUUAUAAUGCUGUUUGUUAAUUGCCAUAAUAAAAAAUGCUGAAAAUAAAAAUAAGAAACCUCAA